AUGGCUCUUGCUAGUGAUGUGGCUCCUUUACUGUCCAAAGAGAGGGCAGACGAGCCGGGUGGUUUGUGGGCAACGAAGCAAUACGGCGACCUGAAGGAGGGCGACCGUUUGCGCGCGGCAGACUAUAUAACAGGGAGCGUGGAGGUGCGGCAGCUUAGAUCCGUGUACAAGCUUAGCUUCACCGACAUUGCCCGUGUCAACCGCUUCAAACCCGCUGAAGCACAAGAAAUCGCCAUGCCUGGUGACGAAGAGAGUGACGAGAGUGUGGCUGCACUCAGGAGGACCGAAAGAGAGCAGAACGCCAGCGUGAGGCUGUAUGUAUUCCUCACGAAAAAGAAGGCCAAGACGAGAAUGGCGGACUUGGAGGAGACAGCGUUCUUGCUGCGGCUAGAAGUCGGGAAGGAGGGGUGCAUCUGCUUCGGCGACACCUUUGGAAACUUUGAACAGGGUAUGCUCCAGGUUCCCAACCCGACCGGGUACAAGGGCAUCGCGAUUGCAAAGAGAAAGGCGGACGAACCCAAAACGGAUGAACCGAUCAUUUACGCGUACGCGAGGAUAGUCCCGAAAAGAAGGCCCGUCGUGGCUUCGGAGGUUGUUCUCGGACUUGCCGAGGACAAAGAUCGUGUCACCAGGUACACGAAAGCGGCACCUACUGUCAAGACCGACGACGAUUUACUCAAGGGAGUGCGGAAAUACACUCGAACGGCGCGAAAGGCGUGGGAAGCAAUGUCCAUUCCGGAGGAUAAAAAAAUCGACUUCGAAGGUUUCAAACUGGCGUUCGAUGAGCUCAACUUAGUUAUCAUGGAGGGAAGAGCCCUACAGCUCUUCAAGGCCUGCGACUUGAGCGGUACGGGCAUGAUCGGAGUUUCGGAGCUGGAGGUAGCGCUCAUGAUGCACGACGUGGUGCCUACGACUUCGCACCUGACCCCAUUGGACUCGUUCAACGUCUUCGAUCUCGAUGGUGGGGGCGAUAUCUCCUGGGUAGAGUUCAAGGAAGCUGCCGAGGUCAUCGCCGGGGGGAAACUCAACGAGGAGCAGACGAAGGGGCUAUUCGACAAGGUCGACACUGACAAGAGCGGGGUGAUUGAGUACGAGGAGUUCAAGCAGGCCUGGCUAGCUAUGGUCAACUUGGAGCAGGAGAUCAAGGCAAGGGGUCGCAAACCCGCGUUCGGGCCCAUGUCGUCAACUCGCAACAGGCGGAUACUGGCCCAAGCCGUCGAGGACGAGGACAGAGCCACGACCGAGGUCUUCAAGACUGUCCGCGGAAGAGUCGACAACGUCCGGAGGAGGGCUCGCUUGCUUCGGGACGAGAAGAAGAAGAUGAAGGCCACGAAGGGAGGAAAGAACACGCUCGUAGACGCUAGCGAGGACGCGGCGAAGAAAAGGCAGCGGCGGCUCAUGAUAAAGAGGGAGCAGGCGGAGAGAUCACGGCAGCGCCUGGAGCAGAAGGUCAAGCAGAACGAGCUUCAGCAGCAGCUCGCGGCGAAGAAAGACAGGGACACGGCCCAGAUCAAGCAGCGGGUGGCCCAGCAAGAGAAGGAGCGGAUCGCCGGCAUAAGAGCUAGAGGAGAUGACCAGCUUUGGCUCUCGCACCGGAACCUACGGCAGGUCCCAUCCGAGUACUACCAAGACCCGGAGUGGCGGGGGAAGUUGGUCGAUCUAGUGCUGCUGGACCUUCAGGACAAUCGCUUGGCCGACCUGCCACAAAAUUUCCUGGCGGAAAUGGUGCUUUCCUUCAUCGCCAACGAGCACCUAGUCAACCUGGAUCAUCUCCAGGUGCUCGUCCUCUCUCGGAACGAGCUUCGGGAGCUACCACCGGCGCUGGGAAAGUUGACCAAGCUGCAGCACCUUGUUAUUUCCAAAUCAAAUGGAGUAGCGCACGUGUGUUAUGCUCACCGCUGCGUUCGCUACCUCCAUGCGUCGCGGAAACUUCUUGUCUCUAUUCUGUCGAUUCGGAGGAACGAGAUAGGCCAGCUACCCGACGAGCUAGGCGGCAUGCAUGCCCUUCGCUCUCUCCGUGCCCACUCCAACAACUUGGAAACCCUACCAACCUCCGUGGACGGGCUUGUGUCCCUCGAACUGUGCGACCUCAGCAGCAACAGGUUACUGACCCUCCCGAACGAUUUCUCGUACGCGACGGCGCUGACACGGCUUGACCUGUCGAGCAACCGCUUGCGACACCUCCCCCUCGACUUCGGACUUCUCUUCAGCCUCCAGAGUCUGGACGUCUCGUGCAACCAGCUCGCCGACUUGCCCACCACGGUGUCCUCCCUCAAAAGCCUGCAGAUUCUGAGGAUUGGAGAGAAUGCCGUGGUCGAAUUGGCGGCGGCCUGGGGUGGCAUGACCAGCUUGGUCGAGUUGGAGGCACAGACAAAUCGCAUCGGGAGGGUCUCCCCGAACAUCGGCGAGUUGUUGCAGCUGCAGCGGCUGGACUUGUGUCGGAAUGCCAUCGAGGAACUGCCCGCGACAUUUGGCCUGCUGACCAAGUUGCACGACAUCAACUUGCGGUCCAACCUCAUCACCAAAAUCCCAGACGAAAUUGGAGCUCUGAAGCAACUCAACACCUUGGGCCUGGCGCAUAACCGCCUUGAGCGCCGCCUCCCGGAUCAUCUCGGGCUGCUGACCCGCCUAACACACCUGGACAUCUCGAGCAACAACAUCGGAAGCUUGCCGCCAUCGUUAGGCGCUCUCGAGGAUCUGGAAACUCUCAACGCGUCAAAGAACGCGCUCGGAAACCUUCCGCAGAACUUCACGUUCCUCACGAGUCUAACAGACCUGGACCUAAGCUGCAAUCGUUUCAAGGACAUCCCGAUGCUUCUAUGCGGCAUGAAGAACUUGCUACGGCUUGACAUGACGUCCAACAUCAUCUGCACUCUGCCAAGGGAGAUCGGGGCCCUAACGACGCUUGCUAAGCUGCACCUCAGGCACAACCUGCUAAAGUCACUUCCCCUGGAAAUGGUUGAACUGGAGAAGAACGUAAAGGACCUCAACCUUGAGCAGAACCCCCUCCCGGUGCUGCCAGACAAGUGGCACCUUCGCUUCGGACUCGAGGCACACGCCACCCGUCCUGCAGGCUACACGAGCAACGAGGUCUUGGAAUGGGUACGCGCCCAGCGCAUGUUCCACGACCACGCCACGGAAGAAUGGGACCAGAAGGCGGGGCUGUACCUCACGGGCCGCGCCUCGGCAAAGGAGUUUGUGGAGAGCGUGCGAGCUCGCGUGGGGGAGGGCGUCUGGCGGCCGUACCUCGAGCCGCAUGUGCUACGCGUGUUCUUCAGAGCGAAGAAGAACGGACUGCCGGACGCGUAUCACAAGAUCAGCGAAGCCGAGGCCGCGGAGCGAGGACAGGUUGCGACCGAACUUUCCGCCACAAGGGACGACCAAAUGCGCUUGUGCGCGGCUGAUGCUCAGGCCCGGAUAGAGCGAGACAAAAGAAGAGGCUCCGUACAGUCCACCAUUGCGAAUGCCCGUCUUGCCGAAACCCAUAGGCUCAAUCGAAUUUGUAACUCUAGAUCCCCGCGAUGA